AGUUAGGUUAUGUCAUGGUUAUGUUUUGAGUUUACACAAAUUGAAAUACAAUUUUCACAUUUUCAAUUAUAUUUAUAUAAUAAUUGCUUAUAUGAGCGAGUUUUUAAUAAUAUGAAAAUACAAAUUGAGUGAAAAUGGGUAAAAAACAAGCUAACAAAGAUCAAAUAGAGAACAGCGAGCCUGUUAAAAAACCAAAAUUAUUUUCAGCAAAAAUAUUUAGGAAAGAAAUAUCCACACCGAAUGUCUUUACAGCAUUACAAAACUUCCUAGACGCCAUAAAAGACUCUGAAAGCCAUGAUUACAUAUUAGAAUACUUAGAAAAUGGAGGAAGCUGUUUGGAAUUACUACAAGUGUUGGAACAGAACUCAGCAAUCCCUCCAUCCGCAGUUUUCGAGAUAAUAACUCAUAUUCUUUUAAGAAUAAGCUCAUCUUACCCUCAAUAUCAAAGUUCUGCUUAUGAAUCAUGUCGUUACCUUCUGAACAACUACAUUACUGUUAUAAACAAAAUGAUAAACAUGAGUUCAACGACUCCAGAAAGAAAAUCAUGUCUAAAACUUCUUACAGCAAUGGUGGCGUUCUCUCCAAUACUAGCCAAAGAUAUCUUAAUGCAUGUUAACUUCCAUUCAUCUAAUGUUGAACUGUUAACCAAACAUACUGGAGAAACUGAUAGCGUUAGAGAUAAUUUUAUACAAUUUUUAACAGCUUAUUUGGUUGAUGGACAUUAUCCAGCUCUGUCGGUAUUACUGGAGAAAAAGGGUUUCUUUACUAGUAUAAUAACUGGAUUAAAAUUCGAUUCUGCUGACACUCUUUGUUUGGUCGUAUCUGCUAUGAAGAAUUUUAUAUUGGAGAAUCCUUCUGUUUCUAAAACUGCUAAAAUGAAAACUUUUAACACAGUUGUUAUCAGAGAUAUUGUCAAUCUUUAUAAUUGGAAAGGGCCGGCUGGAUUCAGGGCUUUGAAGAAAAAUAAAAGUUCAGUUGUUACAGUCAAUGAAGUUGAAAAGUCCAAAGUGAGUGAAGCAGUUCAUGAUUUUUUACUGGUAUUAUGCACAAGCCACAAGUAUGGAAUUAUAUUCAAAGAUCAUUUGGUUGGACUAGGAAAAAAGAACCAAAAUGCACUUAUGUAUACUGUGUUGGAAAGUUUGGAUAGACCUUGGGAACACUCUUACGCAUCAGAAUUUGUUACAAAAAUAUGCGGAGCCUCUCCCGAUUUAUCAAAAACACUGUGGAGCAAUUUGAAAUCAUUUUUGGAACCCAGAAUGUCCCCAAAAUGGGUCAGCGCCAUGAAAUUCGCCAUAACUUUAGUCAAACAACUUCAACCCAGUUGUAUCGAAUAUUGUAUAAGGGAGUUAUCUGAAAUACAAUUAUUUCAAAUAGUACAAUGUCUCGUUUUACCUCUACCGAUAUUAAAGACAAUUAUACCGGAAAAUGUCAAUUAUGACAGUCCUUCAGUAAAGCAGUACAUUUAUUCUUUACUUCUGGAAAUGUUAAAAGCUGUUAAGCAAUAUGUAACAUUAACAAAAACGUUUUUAAAUCCCGAUAAACAAGCGAAAUUUGAAUUAAUGUUAAAUAAGCAUGUUUCGAAAAAUUUUCCUGAUGCGCUAAAAAUCCUGACAGAUUGGGACCAGUUAGACAAAAAUUCACAUUUUACUAAUUUACAAAAUUUAGCAAUAAUAGUAGACAUUUUGAAUCAUUAUAAAAUGAUUUCUCCAGAGCUGUUAGAUAAUAUAAGUAAUAACGAUGCAGAACUUUGUAAUUUAUUGUACCACGAAGAAUCUGAUGAAUUUAAUGAGCCUUUAGCAAACCUGCAAGUUAAGAUAGUCAGUUUAUUUGUUGAUUUAGAUCAAUCUAAAUUUACCGCACAAUCAAAAAUGUUUUCUUCUGUUGUACCGUUAAUGUUUAAAAUUUAUUACAACAAUCCUUCACAGCAUACACUAGAUGUUUUGAAUAAACUAUUCAGAAACACCGGAAUAUUCGAUGGGUGUCUUUAUGAAAUUAAUAUAUGGAUAAAUGGAAUAUUAGAUUUAAAAAACUUUGAUGGAGCUCUCGCUCUAAAUAUUAUUGAUAUUUUGAAAAUAACUAACGAAAAUAUUCUUAAAUUUUUGGAAGAAUUAUCAACGAUUCAAUCCGAGGCCAGCAGGGGUCGACAUUUCAGCGAAAUUAUUCAAAAUUUGAUGAUUCAAACCGAUUUUUCUAAAGAAAUUCAAAAAUAUCCGAUAAAACAUAGAUAUCUUAGUCCUAUGGUACUCGGUUUGGUAACAUUUUUAUCCAAAAAUUACCAUUCGAAAGCUUUGAAAGUGUAUAUAAAUUUUGUUUUUACAAAUUUAUUACACCUACAAACCAAUAUCCAACCUAUUGUUGUAUAUAUUAAUAAAAUCGAUUUAUUACCGUCACAUUUUAAAGAUUACGCUGCAGCUUGGAUAGAUUGCAAAGAAAUUGUCAGUUUACAAAAAUCGAAAGGCAGAAUCAGCAUUUUUAAGGAACUGAGCGAACAAUUUUUAUCUGGAAACAUUGACAACCUAAAAACCACUGAUUUGAAUACGUUUUUGGAAUUAAAACUAAAUUUAUUAGACAUGAUAAUUUUUUACAUAACAAAUUUAUUAAACAGCGAUGCUUUAACUACAGAUAUCGUUGAACGUUCUGAUAAAUUAAUAAAAACCAUAAUUACCAAAGAGGUAUCAAAUCCCGCAAUAAUCGAAAGAAUUUUGUGUCACCCAAUUUUGGUUUACAACACAAAAUUCUUAGAUAUGAACAAACAAAAAUCACACAGCGAUUCCACAAAAUUAAUUAUAAGCAUUACUAAAUAUCUAUUAGACUUAAAGUUAAACAUCGACAUCUACUUAAACGUUUAUAGAGAAAAACUGCUAUAUUCAGUGUUGAAAAUUUUAAAUAAACCGCAAAAUUACACAGACAUAUCUCUGGAUUUGAAAACAUUGUUGCAGAUGUAUCAUCUAGGUUACAACGAAUGCUUUACGAUACUCACUGCUAUAUCUCAAUCUUUCGAAAAGUAUUGUAAACACGAUUUGAUUAUUGACAUUCUUUAUUAUAGUUUGAACGAGCUUACAGAUAAUUGCAAAAAAGAUUCGAAUUUGGAAUCUUUGGAAAAAGAUAUAAUACAAAAAUUGACAAGUUACUAUGUGCUGCUUGCUGAAAACGAAGCACAAUUUCUUAACAUUUUGUCUCCAGUAUUUCUCGAAUACUUUAAAGUAUUUCCUCACAAUCUUGCGUAUAUAGACAAACAUUUAUUCAAAUCUAUUAUAGAACUAGAUGAAAUUAAUAAAGAAAACGUAAAGUUAGCAACGUUUCUGCUUCAGAAUGAUCCAAUAUAUCUUAAAUUUGUCGGGAAAAAAAUAGAUGUUAUAUGUGAGAAAAAAGGUCUCCUCUUACCAUUAUUACAAGUUCUUUGCAAAUUAGGGGAUGAAGAAUUAUUAAAACAAAUUUAUGAUCUAAUAGAAGCAUCUUUAAAUAAAGUUUUACAGAAACCGCAGAAAGCUGGCCAAAGUUUUCAACAGAAUUACCAAGGACUUAUUAAGCUACUAGAUAAAGCAAUGCCUGUAGAAAGUUGUAAAACCUUUUGUGAUAAAGUACAAAAGUUUGAUACCACAGAAAUAUUCCACGUAAAUCUAUUAAAAACAGUUUACCUGAAAUGUAUAGAUGAAUCGAUUACCAGCAAAGAAAUCAACAAUAUUUUAAUGACUUUGGUUCACGUUCAAAUUAAUUUGUUUAAAAAAGGUUUAAAAUCAGAUUCUGAUAUAUCUAAAGCUACUGAAAUUGCACCGCAAUUUGUACAAAUCUUAAAGAAACUUAAAACCCUUCCUGUUAAUGAAGAUAUGCAAAAUACUGCAAAAAACGAAUCUUUAAAAUUAUACUUUAAAUUCUGUUUGAAAUUCGGAGUAUCGCAGCAACCAAUAUUUUUGGAAGCUUUGAGGUAUUUGUUAGAAAUACUAGGUAAUAAUUUAGAAAAAGAGGACGGUAGAUUGAUUUUGGACAUGUUGACGUCUCAUUCGGAAUUUCUAGAGACUGUGUUAAAGAAACAUUCAGAAACUAAAAUAGAAAUAUUGUCUUUAUAUCUGGUGUUGUGUAAAGCUUGGCCUGACUUCAUGGAGCGAAAUUUCGUACCUCUUUUGCUAGCCAGCUAUCGAGGUCAAGUGAAUAAAUGCGAUAGGAUCAUCUUGGUGCUUUUAAAAAUGUUUGAAUCUAAACCAGAACAAACCCAUUUCUACGAUUUCAAACCGUUUUUGUGGGGAAAAGCAGCUGCAACUCACUAUUCCGUCAAGCAUCAAAUCGAAAGAGCUCUAUUGAGACAGCCAAAAAUGAGCGACGUGCUCGACUUACUGCAGGAAGAUUUGGUGACGUCUACGAUUACGAAUUAUCCUUUGAAAGAUAACUUAAGAUCCGAGGAAAGCGAUCUGUUGAACGUUGAUGAUCAGAAAAGUUACGAUUUGGUAUUUAUGUUGCCGCUGUUUAGUCAGCUAUUGGCGCCCGAGCAGCAAGUGCAGACUUAUAAAUUUACUAGAUCAGGAGCUCUAAGCCUGACAGUGAUAGGUUUAAGCAGCACCGACAAAGAAAUCAGACAAGCUGCUUGUCACGUUUUAGCUAGAUUUCACUACCACGUUGACGCUAGACAAACUGGUAAAGACAAUCUAUUAUGGAUUCGUUAUGUUGAAGCUGUUUGUAAAGGUACCGCGCUAUUGCCAGACUUCAAAUUGAACAAUUUUGCAGCCAUUUACUUAGCCAGAAUGGCAUUGAUUUUGACGCAACCCAAUCACGUCAUGUACUUACCUCUCUCACAACAUCUUACAGCUAAAUCCUCGUUAGAUUUCAGUACAGUUCCUGAGUUAUACACGUUUCUGCACAGCUGCGAUGUUAAUUAUAAGGAGCACAGGAAUUUUACUUUAGAACUACUGAGGGACGGAUUGAGGACCGAUAAGGAUUUUUCGGAUUUCAUGCGAUCCAUGGCUUUCAAAUUGUUUUCUGAGCUGUAUUGCAGCUCAGUUUCGGAUCUCGAUACUAAAUUAUUGAUUCUAGACGUCGUCAAAUCGAUUUGUGACAUUCCUUUAGGCGUUAAAGUCCUUUGCGAAAAUACUUCGUUCUUAACUCAAGCUUGUACCGACGUUUUGAACAUCUUGAGGGGCAACUCGAAAGAUGGUUUGUUAGUGACGAAAAUUUUGGAUGUUCUUCUUAAGAUAGUUAAACAAAUCAAAGAUCGACAUGCCAAUUUUAUGGUAUUCGAGAUCGUAAAGAAUUUGCUGUACAGUGAAUUAUAUUUUUCACUGGUUGGAGCUAGCGAACGAAUAUUUUUUGAAGUUAUUUUCAUAAUACAAAGUAAGUUUUUUGAUAUGUUUUGCGAAAAGUUUUAUGACAGUUUGUUGGAGAAAACAAACGAUUCUGUUUGUAAAUAUUGGACGAAAUAUGGCUGUGAUUAUGUUAAUGUUGAAGAGUUAGAUAAGGAUGAUAAAUAUUACUAUGUUAGAUUAGUUUUUAUAAAUUUUAUAAGGAAAAAGGGUAAGAAGCAAAUAGAAUAAGUAUUUAGAUUUUAAAUA